AAAUGGAUACUCCUGAUAGUUCCUCUUUUCUGUUCAAGAUGCAUUCUGCAGUGACACAGGGUUCGAUAGGCUUAGGGCUGAUUUCUGCAACCUCUCCUUCAUGCUGAACAAAGCAUUACUUGCCACUGCAGGGAACCUAUCAGGACGACAAAGCAGAAUUCACUACUCUUGACCAAAACAUUAAUAAGGAAGACUAUUACAUAUGGAUUAGGUUCAAUCUGUUUCUUUGUGCAUGAAAACUCAAUACCCACCAGAGAUGUGUGAGCUGUUGGAAUGAAUGUGUAUAAGAUUUAGUAGGCCUACUUGUCAAGUCAAAUAUAUAAUCAUGUGUAGUUCUGAGACACUUCUUGGAGUUUGAGCCUUUGACCUUUGAUAAAACAUUUAUUACACAAAGACAUAGCUCACUCGCUAUUUGAACUUGGAGGUUGUAAAUUCAGAGCUUAUUUAAAAAUAGCUUAUUUAUCUAAAGUUAUCAUUCACUUCAUCAUUUGUUGAGGAACACCCACAGAGAGACUUCUUGCGUCUGGUUUGAAAAGGGCAUUGCUUUACCACAGAAAUUUCAACCCAACAUUAAAUACAGGAAGUAUCCUCCGACCCACUCCUUGCUCAACAAGUUGACCGUUUUACAGCUGUGUUAUUUCAGAUGUCAUACGACAAAAAGACUCAGGUUCAACCAUGUCCUUCAUUUUGGAAUCACACAAAAUGGUGGUCAGUCGAGGCACUGCCUCUCCUCUACGGAAGUCAAACAAUGUGCGCUGGUAUGUGGACACUGUCCCCACAUCCCCCUAUCUAAGUCCACCACACGGACACUGCACUGACACAGAAAGCAGCGGGGAAGAAAAGAGCACAGGGCAGUCCUCUCAUGAUGAUGAUGAUGAUGAAGGACACGUUAAGAGUAAUGAAGCACCCGGGAGUUACUUAAACAGGGAUGACCCCUCUCUGCUGACCCCAGGUGAUGACCAAUAUCACCUGCCCAGAAGUAGCCCCGUUAUCUCCCACAGGAGGAAGUCCUUAACAUGGCAUGGAGAUACAGGGCUGUCUCUGUCUGCAUUGCCCCCUACUACUGUGGCCCCUCUGGGUCUUAGUAGUGACCCCCCAUCAACAUCUGACCAAUAUCAUCUUCAUCUUACUGAGCCCCCACUGGCAGCAGAGAGGUCAACUGGUACUGUAAAGGCAGAGUCUACCCCCUGUCCCUGUCCUACUAUAUCUCAGUCACAUAAGCCACGUUGUGUCUCCAUCUCUGCCAACCUGAACCGCCUGCUUACCAGCGGGCUCCAUCUGCCCUUCAGGGGCUCCCAGGGGCCAGGGCUGGACCAGGCGGAGGGUCCCCGACUACGCUCAACCUCUGAUGCCCAUCCACAAUUAGUGCCUAUUAAGGAUAAAAGACAAAGUGAUAUUACACACUGCUCUGCAGACAUUAUCAAGACUGGCUGUGACCUGGACAAGGAGAAUGCUCAUUUUAUAGUGGUGGACAUGGUGCUGGAGGCCUUGGAGGGGGUGAAGUGGGCUGUGAGUCUGAGUCAGAAGAGCUGUGGGGCUAUGGGGAACCAUACAGAGGCCUCAGAGGACUCAGGGGCCCAAAUCGGCAUCCACCCCUCAAAGACACGCUCUCUUGUUUCCACUGACAGUGGAUAUGAAGGUUGUGGCGCAAACAAUAGACCAAUAACCAGAGGUGCUAAUAUGUCCUUUAAAAGUUCCCUGGGUUUUCCCAUAAUGCGCUGCUCUGCUGAGGGCCUAGCCCAGCAGCUGGUGUGUGACUUCAGGAAGCAGUGGUUUCCCACACAGGAGCUGAAACGCGGCCGUCAGAGCAUCAGAACCUCGCUGCAGGAACUUCCUGGAGGGGUUUGUAUGGUGAGUGAUGCCCGUCUUAGUCUGAGUGAGGAGAUCAGACAGAGAACCAGGAUGAGGGGAACUCUGAACUGGGCCCCGCCCCGGUUCCAGAUCAUCUUCAGCGUCCACCCCACCCAGAGGCGCAGUGAGGUUGUUGCCUCCCAGCACUUCCUCUGUGCAGGCUGUGGAACUGAAAUAGAACCCAGAUACAUCAAGAAGCUGCGCUACUGUGAAUACCUGAGCAAGUACUUCUGUGACUGUUGCCAAGGCGGUGCUGAGUCUGUGAUCCCAGGCCGGGUGCUGACCCAGUGGGACUUUGGAAGGUACCCAGUCAGUGAUUUUUCCAAGCAGCUGCUGGACUCUGUGUGGCACCAGCCUCUCUUUGACCUGACCUGUGUUGGCAAGACCCUUUACAGCAGGGUGCGAGAACUGGACAGGUUCAUGGACCUGCAGGAGCAACUACUAGGCAUUAAAAGACUGCUGAAAGCAUGCAGAUUAUCUGAGGGGGUUCUGAAGGAGUUUGAGCAGCUUCCUGAUCACCUGACACAAGAGCCACACCUGUUCUCCAUGGAUGACCUCCUGAGGGUAAAACGGGGUCAGCUGGUGCCGCUGGCCAGGGCCGUGCUCCGGGUGGCCAUCGCCCACGUGGAGAGCUGUCAGGUAUGCCUGGCUAGAGGCUUCAUCUGUGAGUUCUGCAAGCAGAAGGAUGUGUUAUUUCCCUUCCAGAGUGAGACCUGCACACGCUGUCAAGUGUGCAAGGCCUGUUUCCACAAAGACUGCUUCAGAGAUGAGGAGUGCCCUAAAUGUACACGGAUCCAAUGUCGAAAAAAUCUUAUGGACACGUUCUGCCUCUAGAGUACAUGUUGGAAGUGUGGGAAAAUAUCCUCACAUUCUUACAUGUGUUUGUCUUUUGAAUCUGAAUACAGAGUAUUCCAAAUAAUAAAAUGCUGUGCAUUGAAAUGUAA